CCUACCCUACCACAUAUCAUCUUCAUAAAGGCGUGUUGCUGGAUCACCCUAUCGUUCACUGUUCCGACUUAGAGCUCCAACUGACUAAUUGUGUAGACCUCCCUUCCAGGAAUGAGUGGCUACGAUUUGGUUCGUAUCAUCCGCACGCAGCCGCCCUUCUGUAACGAUCUCCAACUGCAAACGAUUCCGCUCAUCGGACUGACGGCGUCGGCGUCCGGAACCAACUUGUCUCGGGAGAGAGCAACUGGCUACAAUGAUUUCCUUCGCGCUCCCUUGCGGGUAAGCACGUUGGGGGAGACAAUUGGCCAUUGGACCCGUCGACAGAUUAUGGGCCCGGCCGACGUGCCCGCUUGGCAAAUGAAGGCGUGGCAUAGGCUUCAUCGUGGUCCGCGAUCACGGCUGUGAUACCCGUAUGUGAUGAAGUUGGAGAGGGAUGACCCGGAGACUUGAUCAAGAGCGACUGCUGCAGAAUUUCAAUAGAUGAAGAGAAUACAACGCAUUUAGGUCAUGGUUUCUGCCAAGCCUUUCGACGCGUAGCCAGCCUUUACCGUGCGUGGUCUGAUUCCUGACAGGUGUGGCAUGGGGAACGGAAUUCAUCGAGCAUUCGAAUUGAGUCAGGGAAAACGGGAGGAAACAUGGUUCAUCGUCUGAGCACUUUCCCAUUCGGACCGGACGACUCGUGGUGGGCGCGCCACAUAAUCUAGGUCAGCCUUACGGAAGGGCGUUGUUGGCGCUGCUUGAUUCACGUGGGCGCAUUCUUGGCUGUGUGCACGCCAAUAGGUGAUCCUCCCGAGUUAUCAAGCGGAGGCUAAGAGAUUGAAAGCUUUCGCCGUGGGGACAGUUGUUGGGU